UCUGUGGCGUCAAUUUAUUUUGAUUGACGUUUCGUAAAUGAUGAUUUAUUUUUGUAUCGAAAACCUGCUCCUUGAAUUAACUGAAUAAAUAAAAUUAGUCGUACGCGGUAUUCAUUUCGUCUAGCAGUCUUCCAUAAGUGUUUCUAAAAUGAUCAUAUCGCGGUCUAAGCACCGCUCGUCGGUGGAAGUGUGCGCGGACUGCGGUGCAUCAGAUCCGUCAUGGGCAUCGAUCAAUCGUGGACUCCUGCUGUGUGCGGAAUGCUGUAGCGUUCAUCGUAGCAUGGGACGACAUAUUUCGCACGUAAAAUCUCUGCGACAGGGAUCCUGGCCACCAUCGCUAUUAGCUAUGGUGCAAGCAUUAACAGCUCAGAAUGUAAACAGCAUUUGGGAACAUUCCUUACUGGACACUUCAGCACCAAAGCAUCUCCGCAAGAAACCACAGCCAAAAGACCCUUUACACCCAGUGAAGUCAGAGUUUAUUCUGGCCAAGCACCUGAGGCUAGCUUAUGUCCUGAGAGCGAGAAGAGAUGAGCCACCCAGUGAGUUGGGGCGUCAGCUACACAGUGCUGUCCGCAGCUCCUCCCUUGACACUGCCAUGAGGCUCCUGGCUCAAGGAGCUGAUCCUAACUAUUAUAACCAGGAGAAGGGGUCGACAUGCUUGCACGUAGCGUGUCGCGCGGGACAGCCGGCGCAGGCCGAGCUGCUGGUGGCGUGGGGCGCAGACCCCACCGCGCGGGACUGCUCCGGCGCCACGCCGGCUGAGUGCGCCAGACAAGGCGGUCACACGGAACUGGCGGACCGUCUAACAGAGCUAGUAUACGAGGCGACAGACCGACUCAUCUACUUCCUGACGGGCGAGCGACCCGAGCACGCGGCUGGCCGCCACUACAUAGUGCCGCGAGCUCAUGAUACACACGAGAUGACUGAUGUCGCUAAGGCGGCUAGGGGCAAGCUGCAGCUGCUUCCAAAUCACCUUUUCGAAGAACUUGUAAUGGACAUAUACGACGAAAUUGACCGCAGAGAAACAGAAGCCAUAUGGCAAACAAGUGCGACAGGUCUGGAACGCUCGGGCGUAGUAUUCCUCCCAGUGAAUCCCGCGCUGUCGGCGCCGCGUAACCAAGGCCGACAGAAGCUAGCCCGGCUGUCUACGGCGGAGAUGGCUACGCUGCUACGAGACGUCCUCGUAGACGCUACGAGACGACAACAUAUUGCUACGCUACAGCCGAGAGCGCCCGCUCUAAUGAACCCGCUGCUAUCAGCGAGCCACCUGAAGCACUUGUCGCAGAUGUCGGACGACGAGCCGCUGUACGACUCCGUGGCGUCAGACGAGGACUACGCCGCGUUAGCCCCCAUCAACUUAGAUGUUACUGAGGAUUCUUUUAGACUAUCAAGCGUAAUGCCCCGCGCCGGCGAAACUGUAUCGUCCACCUACAACCCCUCGCUGCCCAUAGACAUCUCCGCCAUAGACACGCGCCGCACGCACUCGCCCAGCACGCUCGCGCACUCCGCCAUACCCGAGACCAACGAAAUCGAAACGCUCAAGAAAGAAAUACACACUAAAGACUCCACCAUUACAGAGUUAAAAAACCAGCUCAAAAAUCUGCAAACAAUUGUUGAGCAAUUGACUAAAGAAAAUAGUGUAUUAAAAACUACAAGCAGUGUGGACGAUGAUCAGAGUAUGACGUCACAAAUGUCAAUAAAUGACAGUUCAUGUAACGUUCUAGAAAGUUCCAAAGCUCAGGAGAGAGGGAAGAGCCUCGAGACGGAACACUUGAGCCGGUCGGAGGAGGUCGAUGGCAAGUUGUCUAUGAAAUCCGCGCAGCGACCGGUCAGUAUGUAUGAGACUAGGGAAGGACCAAAGAAUAACUGGCAGGUUACUAAACAUCAGUUGACAACACUAGGCAGUGUGGAGCGGUCACUGCCCACAGCAGGCGAAGGCGAAGCCCUACCGAGCGGGGAGCUGGUACAGCGACGGGCUGAAGCCGUCACCCGCGCCAUCUCCGAGCUGUGGGCGGCGGCGCGCGAGCAGCACCCGCGCCUGCAGCAGCGCGGAGACACCAUCCGACAUGCUGUGCGGGCUUUGCUCGCGCUGUUCCCACAGACAACCUCAGACCGCGAGCUGAACCUCGUACUUGGCGAGCUACGGGCCGCCUGCUCGGAAGUCUCCCUAGCAUGCUCAGCGCCUUCGCCCCUCAACGACGUCCGCGCGGCCGCCUACGACCUGGCGAAGGCCACCAAGCUGCUGGUGACGCACUUCCAGCCCGACUCAUAGCGAUCGCCUGGCUGCUACUACACCACGGUGUAGGGCAACGUACGGAUGUGCGUUACUGUCACUCAUGUCAGUGUCAGUCUGUGACUAUGUGAAAAAAAAACAAGUGUCAAGUGUUCAAUAGUGGUUAUGGUGAUGUGUGUCGAUGGAUUUCAGAAAACUUUGAUGAUAGGACUUCUUUGGUUAACAAAGCUGAAGCUCUAAACGGUUUUGCUCGAUAAAAGGAAGAAGAAUGAGUUUGACAGUGCAUGUCUCACACACUUGCGCAUACGCAAUUUAAGGCUUAGUUUUAAGCUAUGUGAAUUAUUCAGAAAUAACAAAGCAUUUGAAGAUGCAUUUUUGAUUGAUUGUAUGCAUUAAGCAAGUGAACGUAUUGAAUUAAAAACAAAGGAAUUGAGACAGAUGGCAAGGGAAAAGUAAUUCAUGUUUGACCUUUGACUAAUUCAAGUAUACAAAUUAAAAAAUAUAAUGUUAAUGUAAUUUUCGUUAUUCAGUUGUCUUCCUUUUAGUCGAUUGUAUAAUGCAGCUCGUCACUGCAGCUAAUACCUAACUCUCAAACUAAUUAUAAUUGUAAAAAGGUGUGUGUUAUUAAGUAAUUUUAAAUUCUAAAAAGUAUUAUGAAAAAGACUAACUUAUGAGGUUGUUUCGAGAUUGUCGAAGUAUGUAUUAAAACGGAGAAUUCAAAUAACAAGCAAAAUAAAUCUAUUUGCGUAAUAAUGAGGGUUUUUGAAAUUUUUUCUGCCACCGGGUGGCGCCACGUAUGCGUCUGGUCCAAACAGCUGUCAAAUAGUAUGGAAUUGUAGGUGCCGAACUUAUUGUUUAUUGAAAUUCUGUUAUAUUGGAAGUGUUAUUGAUUUUAUUAUGGACUACGGUCAGAAUAAGGUUUCCGAACUAAAAAUUGAGCUAAGAGAGAAGGUGCAAAAGUCACUGGUACUAAGGAAAAGCUUGUUGAAAAAUUUGUUAACACAAUAUGAUUUAGUUUUUUUUAUUUACUCAACCUCAAUAGUAAAACAAUAAUGCAGUGCUUUAAUUAUAAAAUAAAAAAAAAAAAACACUAAAAUCGUUCACUAUUCAUAGUAAAGAUAAGCACUUUGACAGUUAUUGGACCUGACGACUCGGUGCUGCCACCUCGUGGAUUGCCAUUUUAGAAAACCCUCAUUAAUGAGACGCCAAGGACGAAAAGCUUUUUAGAGCUGUGAAAAUUCGAUAUCGAUAGUUUUCGAAAUAUACAAGUUUAGUAUGAUUGACAUUUCUGUAUUGCACAAUUGCACAUGUCGAAAUACAAAUCUAUAUAUUACUGACGAAGUGGUCAGUAAAAGUAUAUAAGUUCAGAAUGAGGAUAUUUAUUUUUAUGAAUAAUUUUAAUUAUCUUGUCAAACAUAUUCUAAGAAGUCAGUCAGCGAAGCUCGCGAUUGUUCUAGACGGAUGACGUCAUCGCGAGGUCGUUAAACAAAUUCGUACAUUGAGGCUACAUCGUGUCUUAGCAUAAUAGCUCAUUAUUAUCAGACAAAAGUGUUCUAAAAAUACCAAUGAGAUUCUACACUCUGUUAGAGUAAAGAGGUUCAAAAGAACAUAAUAAUAUAAAUAUGAGUGUUGAAUGUGUUGUCGUUAGUAUAGAUUCUAUAUCUUACAAUUAAUAUCAAUUGAAGUUUCUAUGUUUAUAACUUUACCACCCAGAAACUCCUGAUGGAUAUGUAUCAUAGUUUUUCGAAUCAUACUAAUACUUUAUUUGAAUUCCACACACAAAAAUAUCACAGUUGGAGUUUAGCUAGCAACUUCAUAAUGUCAUAAAAUAAAUGGGACAGUAUAUUAUGAAAUAAGUAAUUAUAAUGAUCUCGAGAACUGACAAAAUAUAAUAAAUAUGAAUAUUAGAGUCUCUAGCUAGUGCAUAGAUUAUACAUGUCAGCCAUAAUCAAGUUAUUCAUUUUAUGCAGGCAUUUUAUUUUCAUUAAAAGUAUGAAUAUGUAAAUUCUUUAUACAAAAAUUACAGAAUAUAACAAAAUGCUUGAAGCUUUCGAUGUACCUAAUAUUGUAUAAUGCGGCGCUUAAUAGCUAGACAAAUGUAACAAAAUAUUAUUAUGUUCAAAUAUGUACAAUCUCGUUAUAACUUACUAAUGUGAUUGUGAACCUUAGCACAUAUUGUUUAAGGUCGAAAAUUAUAUAAAGGAGCUAGUUAUGUAAGGCUAGGUAGCAAAUGAAUGGUGUUAGUGAUGUAUUUAAUUAUUAAGGAUCGCAUUACAUCACAGGAUUUGAAAGUGAAGCAGUAUACAGCAUAGCAUUUGUUUUUAGUUGUGAAAUAGAUAUAUGUUACUGGUAUACUGUGCUUAGUAGACUGCGCACGUUUCAAAAAAAAAAAAGGUUUGUAAACUAUCGUUGACGCCAGAAUUGGAUAUGGUAACUACUACAAAUAUGUCUUUGAAAUGAAUGCCAAUGUGCUUCACAUAAUUCUGGCAUUAACAAAAUACGGUUGUCGUGAUUACUAAAAUUAUUUUUGUGAUUAGCAUAAUUUUUCAAUUGGCAAAGCAGAAUUCUUUUGUUUUUAAGUAGCGUGUUCACACGCGCAGUCGAGAUAUUUGUUGUAGAAUGUACCGCGUUAUAACGUACGCGGUGAACCCAAGUGCCAUGCCCACAGGGGUAUUAUACAUUUUCACUUGUUUCAAACUUGAUCAAAGCUUAUUCUAACUUCGUUACUCUGUCACAAAUCUGCAUUUCUAUACUUACUACACUGUGUCAUUCCAUUCGAUGUGUUCUCUAUCUUAUAAAUGUAAUGUUUCUAGUUUAUAUUCGUAAUAUUUUCACUUCUUUUUAAUAGUCUUGUCUUAUUACUACAGUAUUUUUUGUCUUAAAUAGUGUUGUGCUAUGGGAUGACAUGUAUAUCGAUGUGAUGAAUGUUUAUUACAAAGGAAUAAUGAACAAUUUUUUAGGUUGUCUACUGAUUUAUAUCGCGUCUGCAUUCCUCUCAAUCCCUUCUGAAAAAGAAGUGUGAUGCUGUGAGGUUUUAAUAUCAUAUCAUGUAACGAUGACAGGGUUCCCUAAAACACAAUUCGUAAUGUAAUAAACGAUCUCAUGUCGACAUACAUGUCACCCCGAGCGUCCCGACGUGUUCCUACACUACAGACCUACGGAGGUGCUCGAUACGUAACAGUCUCUCCAUCCCAGUGCUCCUUGGUACCCAGUACACACUGAACUUGAUAACUAAUUGUGCCUAAAAAUUUUAUAUUCAUACAUUUGUUAGAAGUACCUAGAUAAGUUUAUCGGUUCGUAGAUUUUAUAUGAGCGUUUCAUAAUAAUAUUACGUUGUUAGAUAGGUAUUUGUAUAGUUAACAAGAUGGAUUUACUAUUGUGGUUAUUAUAUUAUGUAUAACAAUUAGCUUUCGUAUACUAUGUAUAAGUAUGUUUAAUAUACGUAUGAGUAUUAUGUGAUCACUUUAUGUGCCAAUGUUUAUGUAAAAGACGUAGAAUAGUAAGUGGUAUAGCACACGAUGGGAUCCUGUUUCUGUAUUUUUGUACAUAUUUACAAUAUCCCACCAACACUACAUAGCUUUACAUAAUACCGCGGCGGUGCUUGAGUGCGUACACCAUGCGUUACCAUGACGAGGGCCGUGGCUUUAGGCAAUGUCUCGUUACAGCUAAAGAACCUUGACGAAAUCGCUAAUCGACUAAUUAAGGCGUGAAGUAGCGUACUCACUUUUUUUGUAGUACCUGUAGGUACUCAAGCACCUCCCGAGCAGCACGCUAGAUCACAACAAACACAACAAAAUAUAAGAAUACAAAUAAUUAUUUUCUAUAGCUUGUAUUACUAUAAUCAAACUAGCUACGGAAACAUGAUCUCAAGCCGAUUCGUAUGAAAUUUAUUGACAUUUUUAACGUUUAAAAAUUUAUUAUAUUAUUAAUUUUGAAAUCA